UGUGGAAUAGUGAUAACAGCGGUUCCGGUUUUGAAUUUGAUUUGCAGGAAAUGUGAAAUUUUUGUCAACUUUUGCAGUUAUUUUAAAUAAUGUAGAGUGACUUUUAAUUUAUUGAAGAAUGUCUCAUUACGACUGCUACCGCGAAUUGAUUGAAAAAUCGAAUGCUCCUAUAGUAUUCAGUAAAGUAAUUGAAUGGGAUUUCCUAACAUGGGAUCUCGAAAAAUGGUGCAGUGUUUUUCAAGAAGAAGUUUUCCCUUUUCGUUGCGGUCAAAGAUUAUGUCAAAAGGAUCCGUUUUGGGAAAGUUCAUGUACCACAGAAUACCAUACUAUGAGUGAAUUUUUACAUUUCUGCUCAGAUCAAUCUGCCGUGAAAAAUAAAUUUUGGUACUUCGAUUACAAACAUAUCGCCGAAUUUUUCAAAGACAAUAUUAAAUUAUUUCAGAAUAUUUCAUGGUCGAAAUUGGGAUUUCCUGAAAGAAAAGCCGAAGAUUCUACGAUAUGGAUUGGAAGUCCAGGAGCUCAUACACCAUGUCACGUAGAUUCAUACGGUUUUAAUAUUAUUGCUCAAGUGUAUGGCAGGAAAAGAUGGUUAUUAUUUCCACCCAGUGAAACAGAUCACUUGAAACCAACUCGUGUUCCAUAUGAGGAGUCUAGCGUGUACAGUAGUAUAAAUUUCUCAUGCUAUCGAUAUUCACAAGAUGUAGAGGUGAAUAAAUGUUACGUAGUCGAUUUGAACCCUGGAGAUGUCUUAUUUGUACCAGCCAAAUGGUGGCAUUACGUUGAAAACUUGUCUACAGCUAUUAGUAUCAAUACCUGGAUUCCUCACGAAAAUGAUAAUCAAUGGAAACUGGAAGAAGCCCUUGUCCGAUAUUUUGUUUCUUCCGUUGUUCAAGAUUUACCUCUCGAAAAAAGAAAAAUUAUGCUGAACCCCAACGAACUCGACAUAGAAGAUACUUCUCUGAUUUUGGAAAUUCUAAAAUAUUGUGAAAAUCAAUGCGCUGUUUGCACAAAUGAAAAGAUCUAUCAGUUUUCCCAGGAAGCUCAUGAUGAUGAAUGUCAUAUCCAUGUAUACAAGUUCGUCCCUUCUAUCUCUAGUGCUGAUAUGAUGAAAAUAAUGAAACAGAUAUCCAUUUGUGAUGAAUCAGAAAUAGCUAAUAAUGAAGCUUCGAGUAUUGCAGAAUGUGACGAUGGCCAUUUAAAAUCGUUAAUUAAUGCGUUUUGUCAUCCUUCGGUAAUAGCAGAAGUUAGGAAUAAAUUAAUGUCCGACAAAAUGAAAUAAAAACUAAAUAUGUAUGAUUAUUAUCUUGAAGAUUUACCAUUCAUUUACGCACUGUGGCGUAGGGCGUAGAUCAAUGAUCUAAAUCAACUCGGUUGCUUUGAUUCUGAUCUAAGGAAUGAACAAAAUCAUGUAUCAACUUUUCGGGGGAAAAAAUCUGAAAGGUUUCUUGAAAAUAUAAUAUUAAUAAAUAAAUAUUAAAUAA